UUUUUUUUACACCGGCACUUCAUUUUCACAGUUACUUUCACAAGCCUAAAUGCUUAAGUCGGGUUUUAAGCGUGUCUACCUGCGAAGCGCACACAUGGAUCCUCCCCCUCUCUCUCUCUCUCUCUUUCUCUUUUUCUCACUCCCUCUUUCUCUUCUCUUCUCUUCUCUUCCCUUCCACGGAGCCCCCACACUCAUUCAUCAGGACCAAUUUUCAUUCAGCCCACGCAGAAAGACUGCCUACAAAAAGAUGCGAGAAGCGAAGCAGAGAUUAAGAGGAGAAAAACGGAGACGGGAUCCGAAGACGAGCGCGUAUUUGAGAGCCGGAUUUAAGAAAGGAUUAUAAGAGUUCCUCCAUCCUCCUCCAGGCAUUUUCUUCACUGUGAAUUUAAACAGCUGCUAUGGCACUGGGCAGAUGUUGCAGAGAUUUCAGCAGAGCUUUCUUUAGCUGUCAUCGGGAGAAGCAGAGGGACAAUGAGAACAAGCGCUCAACCUGCUGGUGCGUAAUGGUCACUGUUGGGGCCCUAAUUUCUGCCUGCUGGCUUUACAUUUGGCUGGUCAUCUACAAUGACCGAGAUGAUUUUAAUACGCUCCUAUUCUCCUUCCUUCACAAGCACAAGGACUAUUUCAUGGUGGUGAUGAUCAUUUCUGCCCUGAUUGCCAGCUACUGUGUUCUGCUGCUGCUUUUUGCACUGGUCCAAGUUGUCUUACAAGAAAAACUGGACUUACACUGGAUCCACAGGGUUUUGAUAUGUUUCGGAGUGGUACUCAUCGUUACUAUGAUCUCAUUAGUCACCCUAAAACAGCGAGAUGAAUGGCAUGCUGUUUCUCUUUCACUCCAGUACACGGCUCCUUUCUUGCAGUUCGGUGCUGUUGGAGCCUUGACCCUGCUGAGCUGGUUGGUCUUCCGGGCCUUCAACCAGGUCCAGAAAAGAUCAAAGGUCCUGAUUGCAGUAUUAUUCCUUUUUUUGUCGGCAUUCAUCUAUCUGUGUCCCUUGCUCAUCUACUCACCCUGUUUGAUCGACAUAAAGGAGAUAAAUUUAACUAAACCAGACCUCUGGGGCCACAGAGGAGCACCAAUGCUGGCCCCAGAGAACACCAUGAUGUCCUUUGAAAGGAGUGCAACAGAGUGCAAAGUAAAAGUAUUUGAGACUGAUGUGCAGCUCAGCAAAGACAGAAUUCCCUUUCUGAUGCACGACAACAAGGGCGAAUUCCUCAAAAGAACAACAAAUGUUUCAACAAAAAUUUCUUGUGGCAAUCAAAUGGACAUUAGUGAGCUGCAGUCUCUAAAUGCAGGGAAAUGGUUCAUAGAGAACAACCCUUUUCAAACUGUGCACCUGCUCAACAAAAGCCAGACAGAGACAGCUGAAACACAGACUAUUCCUUCACUGAGGCAGCUUCUAAACCUUGCCAAACGGCACAAUAUUGCCAUUAUAUUUGACUUGUAUUGUCCUGAAAAUUGCAAUGGCAGUAAUGACACUGAGGACACUGUGAAAGAGAUCUUGAAUUCAAACAUCAACCACAAAUUGAUCUACUGGCUUCCACCACAAAACAGAGAAUAUGUGAAGAAGACUUCAAACUUCACCCAGGUGUACAACAUUACAGAGACAUCAGAGAUGGAAAAACAAAAUGCGACUCACCUUAAUGUUAAAUACAGUCACCUUAACACACAUGAAAUCAGGAGCCUUCGAAAUAAAGGCAUUAAAGUGAACCUGUUUGUGGUCAAUGAGCGCUGGAUGUUCUCUCUGCUGUGGUGUGCAGGAGCCAGUUCAGUCACUACUAACAACUGCCAGGUGUUCAGCAAAAUGGAGCAGCCUGACUGGACCAUGGCACCUUCUGUUUAUAGAACAUUAUGGAUUUCAAUAGAUACUGCAUCCAUUUUGAUAAUAUUUGCUGUCUUUGUCUAUCACAGGAAAAACAAUAGUUCCCGGCAAAGAGGAGGUAAAGAAGAAUCUCUCAAGAGCUCGAAAUCGCUCCUUUAGUUUGAACUCUGACAGAAUCAGAAGACAUGAAGCCAUCUUGGAUUCGUUUCUGGGUCACCACAGCACCUAAAAGCUUCAUCAGGACUAAAGAAAGAACUAAAGUGUCAUCACUACAUGUUUUUUUACUAAGAUGUGAAAUAAGAAAUAAUUUUUACCGAAAAUUUUUUGAAAGAUUUUCUUCACAUAUCAUUGGUUGCAAGGGUUUUUACAUUUAAAGCUGAUCUUUUUACUAAAUAAAGUGCCUUUGACCUUCUGAUUGUAUUAAGUUUGGAACUGCUUUCUCUUUGCACUAUAUUUUUGUACAAUUUAAGGAAAGCUACAAAUAAGCCUGAAACGUUUCAUAACCUGGUGGAUUUAUAGUUUAAAUUUCUCCAAGUCCAAGUUGUCAUCCUGAUUCCCCCCUCAGAUUUUCUAUCAGACUCUGGCUGGGUUACUCUCAAACACUUUUAUCAAUGCCAGUGGAGAAAAAACAUUUUGGUAAAAUUAAAAGACAACUUUAAACAUAAAUCUGCCAUGGGUAUGAAUCAUUUUGGGCUAAACUACAGCACGUCUGUAACUUGAGCCAAAUUAACCAAAAUAUUUGGGUUUUUUUUGUGUGUGUGCUGCUGCUGUUUGAGUUGUAUUCUAUGUGUAAUCCCAACACUUUGUUCUCAGGGAAUAAACAACAACCCAAAUUUGAUCCAUUUUAUGAGUCAAGAAGAAAGUAUGAAAACUACAGAACUGCCAAAUUUCUCCAAUAUGGGGUUCAUUAUUUUUGGAUCCAACGUCUUCCAGAUUUUUGUGCCAGAAAACCGACAAUAAAACAUUUCAAAUAUUUUUCCAUUUUUCAAUGUGGCAUGUCUCGUGUAAAAUCCAGUAAAAAAAAAAAAAGUACUCAUUUAUUUUGAAUCUGAUUGACAAGAAAUAAAGUUAAGACAUUGUAGUAGACUGUGUUCGUUUUCAACCUUUAAAUAUAACCAGUUUGCAGAGAUGUGACUUUUUCAAAAAUUUUACAGUGAACUCAAAGAAUAAUUAAUCUAGAAAACUGUGAUGUACAUUCUUUUUUUAAAGUGUUUUAUUAUCUGUUUAAUAACAAGAUAAAAAUAUUUUUCUAAUCUCUUUUUUUUACAUUGUUUAGCAUGAUAUAUCAAAGGGAAAAAUUAUAUUUGUAUAAUUUUCAUUUAAAGAUGUGUUUUACACGGAAUUAAUACUGUACAUAAUUACAAAAAAAUUUGGUGGAAUUGCUUUUUAAAAAAUUCUGUUUAUAUUUUUUAAAUGUGGAAUUAUGCUUCUAAGAUAGAGUACUUGCAUAACAAGCCUCUUACAGAUUUUAAAUAAAAUGGAAAAUUGAUUCAUUUAAAGCCCUGAAUACAGAGUAUGGUGUUUUUCAUGCACGGUAUUAUUUUCUCAUGUUGUAAAUGUUGUCCUUACUUAUUGAAUAUUGUUUUUGUUGAUGCUGUUGUUUUACCUUUGUGUAUAUAUAAAUACCCACACUGAACUUGCAGCUGUGACACUGGGAUUUCCCCACUGUGGGGCAAUAAAUGAUAUUUCUAUUUCGUUUGAAAAAUAAAUAAACAAAUAAGAAAAAUACAAAAAACACAAAACAGUGAA